UCAGGAGAUCAGAGACGCCGAAUCCUGGUCGGUGUUGCCGUGGGGAGCAGAAUAGGUGCAGAAAGAAAUCCUCCGAGGUCUGAAUGUGGCCCGCCUCAAUGGACAGUUCUGGCAGCUCCUGUCAGGACUGGUGCAGCAGUAGGCAAUACUGGUUUGAGCUCGGACCCACGGACUUGCUGGAGCGCAAGGGCUCCCUCACCCUCCGCUCCCAUCACAAGAAGUACUCGAAACCCGUGUUGGUGUAUUCUUGGCACCAUGACAGAGAAGCCUAUCCAAAAGAUUAUGAUAUAGAGGGUCCUGAAAACAUUAAAAAACUGUGUAAUUCAACAUAUUGGCGACUUGGAACUGAUGAACCCCCAAUUUGGAUAUCAGAAACAAAUGAACAAAUGGCACAAGUUUAUUCAAACAGAGAAUUGGCUAAAACAAAGAGAAAGGCUUUAUUGAAUGAUGAGACAAUGAGCUCUGGGAUUAUUGAAAGGGACACUGGAUUACCUGCUACAGGCUUCGGAGCUCUCUUUACUAGACACCCACCAGAUCGGCAUAAAAUGUAUGCAUUGACAACGUAUGCUGAAGAAUAUGCUCCACCAUAUGAUUAUCAGCCACUUGAUUAUCCUUGUCAAGAUGAUUAUUCAGUAGUCCACAGAAAAUGCCGUUCUCAGUUCACUGAUCUUGAUGGUUCCAAAAGAUCUGGCAUCAACACUUGGCAUGACAAGAGUGGGAUUUAUGCUAAUUCAUGUGUAAAACGAAAACUCUACCCAUUAACUGGUGGUCCUAUUAUCCCCUUUUAAAAGUAAUCUAUGGAAUCAGAUUCUCUAACCAAUGAAAGAAUAAUGGAAAUAACAGUUGAUUUUUCUAUCCUAAUAAAUGCAAUGGAAAUAUUA